ACAGUGAGCUAGCCAUCGGAAUCUCUGGAUGUUCAUUUCCUUAGCUCUAAGGCAGUAGAUGAUGGUACCUCCCUCCCAGUGCUGUUGUGAGAACACAUAGGAAGCAAGUAAAUCUCUUAGCUUAAAGCCAGCCAUGAAGUCGGUGUUCAAUGAGCCUUUUUGCUGCUGUGAGUGAAGAAGUCAUAAAUAAAAGGGGAAGGAUUGAGGGUUUGAACAAUAUAGUCUUUAAGUGUGUUUUUAGAGGAAAAGUAGAAUGAGGAUUAUCAGUGGAGGAGUUUGACCGCUGCCUCUUGCUCAUUUUAUUUGUCCAUUAAAAUUUUUGCACACACUUCUGUGCUGUGCUUUUUGCUAAGAUCUAGCACUGUGCAGAAAAAAUUUUGUUGAAAUAGUUUUGUCCCACAUGUCUUAUCAGAGCAAUAGGUAUCAUCUAGCAACUUGAUGUGAAUAGGGGAAACAAAUCUCCAGGCAAACGUCCGAAUAUUCAGAUGGUUGUAAAUAAACUUACCCAAUGUUUAUUCCCAAGAAGGAAGAACUGACACAGGAAUGACAGAAGUGCCUCUUCUGAAGUAGAUCCUCUCUAGCACCCAUGAGGUACGUUUGGGAAGCCACUGAGUUUUUGAGGUAAAAACGAAAGCUCUUCCUGUGAGCCAAGCAUGAGAAUAUCCAUGUGUGGCCCUGAAAUUGGCCGAAGUGUGACUUAUACGUUAAUAAUUACCCUAGCAAUUGUCCAGACUACUUGGUUUCACUAGACUGCAAACAGUUCACCUGCAGAGGAGUCUCCAGAAAACAGCAUGUUCCCCUUGCUUUUUGGAGCUGGACUGGUAGUUUUGAACCUAGUGACUUCUGCUAGGAGCCAGAAGACAGAACCCCUCAGUGGCUCUGGGGACCAGCUGCUUUUUGAUGGAGCGGAUAGAUCUGACUUUGCCAUCAUGAUCCCUCCAGGAGGCACAGAAUGCUUCUGGCAAUUUGCCCGCCAGACUGGCUAUUUCUAUUUCAGUUAUGAGGUGCAGCGGACAGUGGGAAUGUCACAUGACCGGCAUGUUGCUGCCACUGCACAUACGCCACAGGGUUUCCUCAUAGACUCCUCUCAGAAUGUUCGGGGCCAGAUUAACUUCUCUACCAAAGAGACAGGUUUUUAUCAGCUUUGUCUAAAAAAUCAGCAAAAUCACUUUGGUUCUGUGCAAGUGUACCUCAAUUUUGGAGUCUUCUAUGAGGGGCCUGAAAUGGACCACAAACAGAAGAAUGAAAGAAAGCGACUGAAUGAUACUCUGGAUGCAAUUGAGGAGAGUACAUGGAAGGUGCAGAACAAUAUCUUUCACAUGUGGCGAUACUACAACUUUGCGCGCAUGAGGAAAAUGGCUGACUUUUUCCUUCUCCAAUCAAACUAUAACUAUGUGAACUGGUGGUCAACAGCUCAGAGCCUUGUUAUUGUUCUUUCUGGAAUCCUGCAGCUGUAUUUCUUAAAGCGUCUCUUCAAUGUCCCAAAGACUACAGACACAAAAAAGCCAAGAUGCUAAGCCACAAUGACUACAGCACCCUAGCUCUUUUCUUCUGGGGCAGAAGCUUUGUCAAAGCUUCAGUCAAAUGAGCUUUAUAAAGUUAUUGGAAAAAAAAUCAAUUUAUCUUGUUAGAACAUCUUAGUCUAUUACUUUCCUUUCCUCUCCAAUUUGCCUCAAAAUGGCAAUAAAAUAAUAAAUGUAGGGGAUCCCUGGGCGGCGCAGCGGUUUGG